CAUGCAUAUCACAGAGCUUCUUCUCAGGUUUCUAAUUAAAGUAAGAGAGUGAGUGAACCUGCAAACCGAUCCGAUGGCAUGCUGCAGUGAACGCAUUGUGGCUAUCAUUCGGCGGUGGAUUAUACUGUCAUCUUUGAAAUGGGCUAAUAUAAUUGAAGAGUACACAUUGUUCGAGAUGAUGACUUACUUAAGUGAAACAUGGGGACUAGGAUUUGCGCAUGCUGCCGGAACUAUAAACGUUUUCUAUGGCUUUACUAAAAUUUUGAGCUUAAGUUUUGCCUUCCUGAUGGAUGCUUAUCUUGGUAACGUUAAAAUGCUUUUGCUCUCCGGUCUAGCCUCCAGCAUUGGUUUGGCGUUUCUAUCCAUGUCAUCGGCGCCGCCGGUGCUCUUCUUCACGUCAUUGGUGUUAAUGUGCGUGGGCAUGGCGGGUAACUCGGUUUCUUUGGAUACAUUCCUUCAACACCAUGACAGUGAAAAUAAUAAACUCAACUUCAUAGUAGGGGCCAUUGCUGCUCUAGCACUCCCGCUUUUAAAGACUUGGGAGGUUAGAUUUGGGGUUGCCGGAAUAAUUUUCUUCGCCGCAACACUUAUAUUCUUCGUCGGAACGCUGCGUCGGUCUUACCCUCCCAAGGACGACGAUGAUCCAAAUGGGAGUGCCCUCACAACAGUUUUGAGAGUCUUUGUCGCCGCCACGCGCAAAAGAUCUCAUCAACUCCCUGCCAACUCUAAUGACCUUUACCAACGACAUGGCAACGACCACGACUUUGCUAAGCAAUUGGCCCAUACUAAUCGAUGCAGGUGGUUAGACAAGGCAGCCGUGGCAUCGCAAGGAAAGAGUGGGAGAGUGGAUGAAGGAGAAGAGAAGAAGAAUAAGGAGGAGGAGAGCAAAUUAUCAUGGAAUCUCUGCACUGUGGGAGAAGUGGAAGAAACCAAAAUUUGCCUUCAGACCGCCAUUUUAUGGACAUCCUUCAUAAUAUGUGGGCUGGUUUCUUCUACCGGCAACACCUUCUUCGUGGGGCAGGCCGACCAAAUGAACCGGGGCAUCGGAAAAUGGCAGGUCCAUCCCACCAUCCUCCUCCUCCUAUCCAACGGCGCAAAAUACCUCCUAGAAUUCAAUAACAAAUAUGAGUACAGAUGCCUGAGAAAGUGCCUUGGCUGCUGCGGCUGCAGUUUGAUCGUCGCACUGGUCAGCAUCGCAACCGCGAUGCUCAACGCCGUGCUAUGUUGCCUGAGCGCCGCCGUGGUGGAGAGUAGGAGGAGGAAGAAUAUUGAUAGUCCGAUGAGUAUAUUCUGGCUGAUACCUCAGUUCUAUUUCCUUACGGUCUUGGAUACGUUGUUUGAAGAAGCCGUGGAGGAUUUCUUCGAGGAUCAUGAGGUUCCGACCUUGAAAAAGUACGCCGUCCACCUUUUGAGGUUUGUGCGCGGUCUAGGACAAGUGGGCAGUGUUGUGUCGGUGGCAGUGUGCAAGAAAUGGUUCAAGAAAGAGGUAAACGAAAGUCGGUUGGAUAAGUAUUAUUGGGUUCUCACUGCUUUGAGUGGCGUCAAUUUGAUUUGGUACGUUAUAGUUGCAGUGGUUUAUUACGUGAAAUUCAAACCACGUUUCAAAUCUAAGCCCGCCGCCGAUCCUACCUCUACCCCUACCACAUGCUGCUGCUAGUUGACUUGAUGCUGUUGGUGUUUUUUUUUUUAAAAUAAAUACUGUAUGUAUUUAACAAAUCUGUGGCAUUUUGGGUAAAUUAUAUUGUGUAUUAUUGUG